AAUGAGGCCCGCCACACGUUUGAACCCUGCGUAGCAUUCCUAAACACUCGAGCACGUUGGCUUCUCAGUUUUAUCAGCCGGGCGGGAGCGCGUACUCGGUGGCGCUUGACGUCAGCAGGGACACAUGACUGGCAGCCCAUCGCUCGCCGUCCUCCGCCAGUCCGGAGUGAAACCAUUAUGAGAGACUCAUCCUCCGCUGGGUCCGGAGCGGAGACGGCUGCUGCGGUAUCCUACCUAACACUGGAUAUUCCCGAUACAUGGCUGAGAGCCCCGGGGGAGAGCUGCUUGUGUCUGCACGCUGAAGAGAAUGUCCCAGAAAUCUUGGAUAGAAAAUUCUUUCACCAAGAGGGAAUGUACCUACAUAAUUCCAAGUUCAAAAGAUCCACACAGAUGCCUUCCAGGAUGCCAGAUUUGCCAGCAACUUGUGAGAUGUUGCUGUGGCCGUCUGGUCAGACAACAUGCUUGCUUCACUGCAAGUGUUGCUACAAAGUACUCCGAUGUAAAACUAGGUGAACAGUUUAAUGAAGAGUUAGAAGAAUGGUCAGUAGAAAAACACACAGAAGAAAGUCCAACAGAUGCCUAUGGUGUCAUCAAUUUUCAAGGUGGCUCGCAUUCUUAUAGAGCGAAGUAUGUAAGGUUAUCUUAUGACUCCAAGCCUGAGGCCAUUUUACAACUGAUGCUAAAGGAAUGGCAGAUGGAGUUGCCAAAACUUGUAAUCUCUGUUCAUGGUGGCAUGCAAAAAUUUGAACUUCAUCCACGUAUCAAGCAACUAAUUGGUAAAGGUCUCAUUAAAGCUGCAGUGACCACAGGAGCAUGGAUUUUAACUGGAGGAGUUAAUGCUGGUGUAGCUAAACAUGUUGGAGAUGCACUUAAAGAGCAUGCAUCAAGGUCAUCCCGAAAGAUUUGUACCAUUGGCAUUGCUCCCUGGGGAGUAAUUGAAAACCGCAAUGAUCUUAUUGGAAGAGAUGUGAUUGCUCCAUAUCAGACUCUCCUAAACCCACUGAGUAAACUCAAUGUCUUAAACAAUCUUCAUUCACAUUUCAUACUUGUGGAUGAUGGCACAGUUGGAAAAUAUGGUGCUGAAGUUAAUUUAAGAAGGGAAUUGGAAAAAACAAUUAAUUUGCAACGCAUUCAUGCACGUAUUGGCCAGGGAGUUCCGGUGGUGGCACUGAUAUUUGAAGGAGGUCCCAAUGUUAUUCUCACUGUGCUGGAAUAUCUUCAAGAAAGUCCGCCUGUGCCAGUUGUUGUGUGUGAAGGCACUGGGAGAGCUGCAGAUAUAUUGGCUUAUGUACACAAGCAAACAGAAGAGGGAGGAACCUUACCAGAAGGGGCUGAUCUAGAAAUCAUUUCCACAAUCAAGAAGACUUUUAACUUUAGCCAGUCUGAAGCCAUCCACCUUUUUCAGACCACAAUGGAGUGCAUGAAAAGCAAAGAACUCAUAACGGUAUUUCACAUUGGAUCAGAUGAGCACCAGGACAUUGAUGUUGCAAUACUUACUGCAUUGCUAAAAGGCACAAAUGCUUCUGCUUUGGACCAGUUAGUCCUUACACUGGCAUGGGACAGAGUUGACAUUGCUAAAAACCACGUUUUUGUAUAUGGACAACAGUGGCUGGUUGGGUCCCUGGAACAAGCCAUGUUGGAUGCACUUGUAAUGGACAGAGUUGCAUUUGUCAAGCUUCUGAUCGAAAAUGGGGUCAGCAUGCACAAAUUCCUAACAAUUCCCCGUUUGGAAGAGCUGUAUAACACCAAACAAGGUCCUACUAACCCAACUCUGUUUCACCUAGUCCGAGAUGUAAAGCAGGGAAAUCUUCCUCCAGGGUAUAAAAUUACUUUGAUUGAUGUGGGACUUGUUAUUGAGUUCCUGAUGGGUGGAACAUACAGAUGCACUUAUACAAGGAAACGCUUUCGGAUUAUUUACAACAAUAUACAAGGUGGCAAUCGGAGAUCUGGGAGAAACACUUCAAGCAAUACACCACAGAUGCGUAAAAGUCAUGAAUCGUUUGGAAACAGGGCAGACAAAAAGGAGAAAAUGCGACACAAUCACUUCAUCAAAACAGCACAGCCAUAUAAGCCAAAGCAGGAUGUCUCUGCAGAUGAUGGAAAAAAGAAAAAGACCAAAGAAGAAAUUGUUGAUAUUGAUGACCCUGAAAUGAAACGAUUUCAAUACCCUUUUAAUGAACUGUUGGUUUGGUCUGUGCUAAUGAAGAGGCAAAAAAUGGCACUUUUCUUUUGGCAACAUGGAGAGGAAUCCAUGGCAAAAGCACUGGUUGCAUGCAAAUUGUGUCGGACUAUGGCUUAUGAAGCAAAACAAAGUGAUGUUGUGGAUGAGAUCGCUGAAGAAUUUAAGGAACAUUCAAGUGAAUUUGGACAGCUGGCUGUUGACCUGUUGGAUCAGGCAUUCAGGCAAGAUGAAACCAUGGCAAUGAAGCUCCUUACCUAUGAGCUAAAAAACUGGAGCAAUUCUACUUGCUUAAAGCUUGCUGUAUCCUCUCGACUUCGUCCUUUUGUUGCUCACACUUGUACCCAAAUGCUGCUCUCUGAUAUGUGGAUGGGAAGAUUAAACAUGCGAAAAAACUCCUGGUAUAAGGUGAUUUUAAGCAUUUUGGUUCCACCUACAAUCCUUAUGCUUGAAUAUAAAACCAAGGCAGAAAUGUCUCAUAUACCCCAAUCUCAAGAUGCUCUUCAGAUGACGAUGGAUGACAGUGAAAACAACUUUCAGAACUUGCCAGAAAACAUAGCCAUGAAUGUAUUCAGGGAAGUUCGGCCUUUUGAUACUAUGGAGGUUAAACAUGAAAUUGAGACCCAGGCAAAACCCAGGAAACUUCCAAUUACACAAAAGUUUUAUGCAUUUUAUCAUGCUCCAAUUGUGAAAUUUUGGUUUAACACACUGUUCUAUCUCGGAUUCCUUAUGCUUUUCACAUAUGUUGUUCUUGUGAAAAUGGAAUCUUUGCCUUCAGUUCAGGAAUGGAUUGUGAUAUCAUAUAUUUUUACCUCUGCUGUUGAAAAAAUAAGAGAGAUCUUCAUGUCAGAGGCUGGGAAGAUAAAUCAGAAAGUUAAGGUGUGGUUUGGAGAUUAUUUUAACAUAACAGACACAAUUGCCAUCAUCACCUUCUUCAUCGGAUGUGGACUAAGGCUUGGGGCAUAUCGAGAUGUGCCUGAAGACCAGUUAAAAGAUGAUGAGUACAAUGAAACCAUUUCACUGGCUGGGAGACUUACAUAUUGCCUCAAUAUCAUUUUUUGGUAUGUCAGGUUACUGGAUUUUCUGGCUGUUAAUCAGCAGGCUGGUCCUUACGUUAUGAUGAUAGGAAAAAUGGUUGCAAACAUGUUUUACAUUGUUGUCAUUAUGGCUGUUGUGCUCUUGAGCUUUGGUGUUCCAAGACAAGCCAUUCUGUACCCUCAUCAAGAGCCAUCUUGGAGACUUGCAAGAGAUAUAGUUUUCCAGCCUUACUGGAUGAUCUUUGGGGAAGUAUAUGCUUAUGAAAUAGAUGUUUGUGCCAACAAUUCUGAAGUACCAGAUCUCUGUGAUGUUGGAACAUGGCUAACACCCUUCCUCCAAGCUGUCUACCUUUUUGUUCAGUAUAUCAUCAUGGUUAAUCUUCUCAUUGCAUUUUUUAAUAACGUGUACUUUGAGGUAAAGGCCAUUUCACACAUUGUGUGGAAAUACCAACGUUAUCACUUCAUUAUGGCUUACCAUGAGAAACCUGUUCUUCCUCCACCUUUAAUUAUUCUCAGCCAUUUGGCAUCCCUGUUUGGCUUUGUAUGCAAAAGAAGAAAAAAAGACAAAACUUCACAUGGACCAAAAUUAUUCCUAACAGAAGAAGACCAAAAGAAACUUCAUGAUUUUGAAGAGCAGUGUGUGGAGACUUAUUUUAAUGAAAAAGAUGACAAAUUCCAUUUGGGUAGUGAAGAAAGAAUCCGCGUUACAUCUGAAAGGGUGGAGCAGAUGUGUAUUCAGAUUAAAGAAGUUGGAGAUCGAGUAAACUAUAUUAAGCGUUCGUUGCACUCUUUGGAUACACAGAUUGGUCAUCUGCAAGAUCUGUCUGCUCUCACUGUGGAUACUUUAAAAACUCUAACUGCACAGAAGGCAUCUGAGGCCAGCAAAGUUCACAAUGAAAUAACACGAGAGUUGAGCAUUUCAAAACAUCUGGGUCAAACUGUUGUAGAUGAUGGGCCCUUGCGCUCUUUGAGAAAGAAACAUAGUGUUGGAAAUUUCUUUGGUUCUUCCUUUCCUCAAGGGAAUCAAGAGAGCAAUAGUAACCUUAUUUUUAAUAUCUCUUUGCGAAAUGAAAGAAACAGUCAAAGCAGGAAAACUGGCGAUGAGUUCUGUUUUCCAUAUCGGAGAGAAAAUUUAAAUAUUCCAGAGGCUGGUCCAUCUGGAAGUGCCUUACUUCACAGCAAAGACUGUCCUACAGAUGCAAUGGAAAAUACAGAGGGCACAGAAUCUCUUACGGAUAAUCAAAUAGUUGACAACGUUGCUAGUAGUGAGCCAAACUCUGUAUCAGGAAUGGCUACAUUUUUUGUAAGCACACCAACCCAACCAAAUUCAGCAAGCCAGCUAGAACUGGAACCGAAAAUGGAGAAGUAUAUAAAUCAAAGGGCUGCAAGGGAAGCAGAGAGUAUAGAAUUUGGAGCAUUUGUUGGUCACAGAGACAAUGUGAUUCUGCAUAAAUAUAAGGAACCUGAAGGCAAAAGCAAGGAAGAAGCAAAGGCAACUGAUGUGGUAGUUGCUCCUGCUCUUCCUAGCUUAAAGCAAGUGAGGUCUUGUGCUGGUUUUAUGGACCUCAGCACGAUAUCCCGUUCCUCACAGCUAAACAAAUUGCACAGCAGUAGUAGGAGAGCAUCUCUAACAGAAGAUUCUAAUUUAGAAGAAACGAAGGAAGCCUUUUUAACGAACUGGCUUCAAGCACAUUCCUCUUCCACAAGCAAAGCAAAACCUCCUGAAGAUGAUGCUUUUAACGCUAUUGGCUCCCCAUUUAAACCAAUUGUGGACAUCAAUUACUGCUAUUCAGCUGUUGAAAGAAAUAAUUUGAUGCGUCUUGCCCAGAGCAUUCCCUUCACUCCUGUGCCUCCAAAAGGAGAGUUGGUCACUGUCUAUCGGCUGGAAGAGAGCUCCCCAAACAUGUUAAACAACAGUAUGUCUUCCUGGUCACAGAGGGGACUGUGUGCCAAGAUUGAAUUCCUUAGUAAGGAGGAGAUGGGUGGAGGACUGAGGCGCGCAGUGAAAGUGGUGUGCACUUGGUCAGAGAAUGACAUCCUGAAAGCCGGCCAUUUAUAUAUCAUCAAGUCAUUCCAUCCAGAAGUUGUUAAUACUUGGUUAGGGGUAUACAAAGAAGAUACAGUUCUCCAUCUCUGCCUUAAAGAAAUCCAGCAGCAGAGGGCAGCACAGAAGAUGACAUUUGCUUUCAAUGCAAUGAAGCCAAAGUCUAUCCCAUAUUCCCCAAGGUUUCUUGAGGUGUUUCUUUUAUAUUGCCACUCAGCUGGACAGUGGUUUGCUAUUGAAGAAUGUAUGACUGGAGAGUUCCGGAAAUAUAACAACAACAAUGGGGAUGAAAGUAUACCGACCAAUAUGCUUGAGGAAACCAUGUUGGCUUUCAGUCACUGGACCUUUGAAUACACAAGAGGGGAACUUCUGGUCUUGGAUUUACAAGGUGUUGGGGAAAACUUAACAGACCCAUCAGUUAUAAAAUCUGGAGAAAAAAGGUCAUCUGAUAUGGUGUUUGGACCAGCAAAUUUAGGAGAUGAUGCCAUUAGAAACUUCCGUGCUAAGCACCACUGCAAUUCUUGUUGCAGAAAACUUAAACUUCCAGACCUGAGGAGAAACGAUUACACACCUGACAAAGUGACAUUCUCUCAGGAGGAAAGUACAGAAUCUUCUACAGAUCCUGACAAUUUCACCAAAGAAUCGAAGAACUCUAUUCGCCUGAUGUUAUAAACAUACCACCGCCAGGUUGUCUAUUCUCAAACCAACAGAUAUUGACAAGUUAGGGAUUGCACAGAUGUGCUUGCUGCUAAAGAUAUUUUAUGUUUUUAAAUAAAGUCCUUAAGAGUCUGCCUGUUCGCCUAGUUGCAGAUAGCUUAUCUUUUACUAUGCCUAUGGUGAGUUUCAAUGCAGUAUGCUGCAGCUGUCGUUGUUGCCUUCAACAACACAAAACGUAUAUUGCCUAUAUGUAAGGCAAUUGUAAGAUGAGUUUUAUCUGUGUAUAGUGGCUACCUUUUUAUACAUUUCAAUUUUACCCAUUAUUUAAUAAAGCCAUGAUCAGCAGAGAUAAUUAUUGUAUAGCAGAGAGGAUUUUUCUCCCAAAAUGUUGCCUUGUAAAAAAAAAAAAAAAAAAAAAGAUAAGUGCUUUUCUUGUAUAUCUUGACAGCUUCAGAAGUUAUAUCUUCCAAAGACCUCAGCCUGUACAUGCAAUAUAAAAUUAUAAUGUACACAGUCUCUUUAAUAAUUUUACAUUGUAUUUAAAUUCUGUACAAAGCUCUCUGGUUAUGCGGUACCUAUUUUAACUAAUGACUAAGUGGUUGUAAAUUAUGGGACAUUGCAAUGCUACUUGGCCAAUGAAUUGUAAUUUAAUUGUUCCCUAUUUUAAGGAUGUCUGUCUGUCUGUCUGUCUGAACAUUAUUACUUUUUUUUGUUAGAGGUACUAGCUGCAAGUUUUAACUACAGAACAAAUAUAAGGUUCUAUACAUUUUUAUUCUGUAGUGUAUCUUAUAGAUACAGUACUUAUAAAGGCACGAACAAACUAGCUGUUGAAAAUUAUUUUAUGUUGUGGGGGAGGUGAAAUAUAAUACCGUAUUCAUUUUAUAUAUCAAUGAAAUCUUUACAAAAUAAAAGGAAUUUAUUCUUCACAUGA